GAGGAGUCACACCCAGUUUGCACAGUUUCACUCAGGACUAUUGCCGUGAAGUCUCACGUCGGGGGAAACAGCGCGUUUGACUGAUCAAAAAUGUCUCCGAUAAAGGACUUCAAUCUAGUUUACGAAGCUGUCAACAAAGAAGGAACUUUUUCUGAUGGAGACACUAUCGCAGGCACAGCCACUUUUACUUUGACAAAAGAAACCAAAGUGAAGGACCUGGUGGUGAAAGCUAAAGGGGAAGCUCGCGUGCACUGGUCAGAAGGCACCGGAGAAAACCGGAGUUCGCACAAUUCGCACAAGAGAUACUUUAAACUAAAAGAGUAUUUAGUUCCUCAAAAUGACAAAGUCACUGUACUUCCCAAAGGAGUCAAUAGCUUUAAAUUCAGGUUUAAAAUCCCACAGGGGGACAUGCCGUCAUCCUUCGAGGGGUUGCAUGGAAAGAUUGUCUACAUGCUUGAAGCAAAGAUGUCCAGGAGCUGGCAUAUGCCUUCAGUAGUACAGAAAGAGCUCAAUUUUGUUUCAAAGUCCUUGCCACACCAUGGCCAAUGUCCCCAGUCUGGUUCAGUGGAAAAAGAGAUUGGGGUUUUCUCCAAAGGACAGGUCCAAAUGUCUGCUUCCGUAAACAUGAAGGUUUGCUCUCCAGGUGACACUUUGUCUGUCUAUGCCAAAGUCCGCAACUCCUCUUCCAAAACGUUGAAGCCAAAAUUCAGUAUACAGCAAAAAAUAGUGUACCGCGCCGGAGGUUCCACUAAUGUCAGUGACCUAAGUCUGUGCAAAAUCGUGGGGGACCCUAUCACACUGGACUCAGAGGAAACUGUCUCCUGCCAAUUGAUGAUUCCUGCCGAUGUCAUCCUCACCCUCCAUAACUGUGAAAUCCUCUCAGUUGAGCAUUACGCCAAGGUGUAUUUGGACAUCAGUUUUGCCAUUGACCCAACAGUGAUUUUUCCACUGGUCAUCAUUCCUUCUAGCUUUGCUACCCUUCAAUCUGGUGAGGCUGUGGGGCCUUACCCAGCUGGUGCAGCUGCGGGGCCUUACCCGGCUGGUGCGGCUGCGGGGCCUUACCCGGCUGGUGCUGCUGCGGGGCCUUACCCGGCUGGUGCGGCUGUGGGGCCUUACCCGGCUGGUGUGGGGCCUUACCCGGCUGGUGCGGCUGUGGGGCCUUACCCGGAUGGUGCGGCUGCGGGGCCUUACCCGGCUGGUGCGGCUGCGGGGCCUUACCCGGCUGGUGCGGCUGCGGGGCCUUACCCAGCUGGUGCGGCUGCAGGGCCUUACCCAGCUGGUGCGGCUGCGGGGCUUUACCCAGCUGGUGCGGCUGUGGGGCCUUACCCAGCUGGUGCUGUUGGGGCCCCAACUUACAGCGACUUUGGUCCCCCAGCCUUUCCUAUUGGACCAUUUCCUGUACCUGCAGGUUACGGUGCUUAUGGGUACCCAGCACCAGAUCCGAAUCAACAUGCAAACAUAACAAGUGGCUACAAUAAUCAGUGGCCACAACAGGCUGCUCCAUUUGGUUUUUCAAGUGCCGCUUCAUCUUCAGUGCAGCAUGGACCUCUUGCUCCACCUCUGUUUCAGCAGGGAGAAGAACCUCCAUCUUAUGUGUCCCUUUUCUCCCCUUCUCAGGACGCUCUUGGUGGGACUGGGUCAAAUCACUAAAGCUGAGCAUCAAAAAGAAAACAAAUAAUGAGUCAAAAAUUACAGACUGGUCAAGUUGUAAAGUAUUUGCUGUUUGCAAAUGUGAAACUAUAUUAUAGUAAAAAUGGUUUUCACUUUUUUCUUAACUUUUAACUUAACAGAUUUGUAAUUUUUUAGUUGUCCUUUAACUGAACUAGUUCUUAUCUAUAUGCAAGCUUUAAAUUGACCAAGGGGCAAAUCAAGGGAUAUGGUAUUUAGGGUUCCUCAAAUGUUUUACAGAGUACAAGUUACUGUAAGAGUUGCAGGCAAAAAGGGAAAAUUCAGCAGCUUUUUAUUGGCUGUGAACUGUUUUAAUGUUGUUUUAAUAUUUAUGUAGACUAAUGCUGUAUUUAAUUUAUUUAAUUUUAAUUAUUUAAUAUUAUUGCAAUAAAAGUACAUUUGUUCGAGAA